GUCACCCUGGCGCCAACACAUUUCAAGAUGGCAGCCUCCAUGUUACGGCGCUCAGCUUUGUUCGUGAGAAGUUCCCAAAAUUUGCUGGCUAACUGCUCCGUAGUGCAUGCCAGGUAUAGCUCAGGCUUGCUCGUAAACAGUGGCAAGUACCCUUUUUUGCAGGAACUGGGAAUCGAAGAGGAAAAUCAUGGAGCAUUCACAGGAAAAUGGGGAGGUAAAGGGGAGGUUAUCACAUCUUACAGCCCCAUAAAUGGAGAGCCUAUUGCAACUGUCAGACAGGCUACCCUGGAGGAAUACGAUGAAGGCGUUAAGAAUGCCCAGGAGGCCUGGCAGGUGUGGGCAGAUGUGCCAGCGCCCCAGCGUGGUGAAAUUGUGCGUCAGAUUGGGGAUGCUUUGCGAGUGAAGAAAAAUGCCAUUGGACAAUUGUUGUCACUGGAGGUGGGGAAGAUUGUAGCGGAAGGAGGGGGCGAGAUUCAAGAGUUCAUUGAUGUUUGCGACUUUGCGGUCGGGCUGUCCAGGAUGUUUGGAGGACGAGUCCUGCCCUCAGAACGACCAGGCCACGCUCUUAUUGAGCAGUGGAAUCCUCGUGGGCACACCGGCAUCAUCACGGCCUUCAACUUCCCCACCGCUGUGUUUGGCUGGAAUGCUGGCAUCACCAUGGUCUGUGGAAACACUUGCCUCUGGAAACCAGCCCCCACAACUCCUCUGUGUGGCAUUGCAGUUACAAAAACUAUUCAGUCUGUUCUGGCUGCCAACAAGAUGCCACCAGCUGUCAUGACUCUGAUGUGUGGCGGAUCUGAUCUUGGAGACGCCAUUGCUCGUGAUGAGAGGGUACCAAUUGUGUCAUUCACUGGCAGCACACAGGUUGGGCAGAAAGUUGGGACAAUCGUACAGGAGAGAUUCGGUCGCUGUAUCCUAGAGCUUGGUGGUAACAAUGCCAUCAUUGUGCUUGAAGACGCUGAUCUGGACCUGGUCAUUCCAGCUACCCUCUUUGCUAGCGUGGGUACCCAGGGCCAGCGCUGCACCACCACUCGCAGACUGAUCCUACACAAGAAGAUUUACGAUGAAGUGCUGGAGAAGUUGAAGAAAGCCUACAGCCAAGUCAGGAUUGGGGAUCCCUUGGAUGAGAAUAUCCUGUAUGGUCCCAUGCACUCCCAGCAAGGUGUGGACAUCUACAAGAAUGCCAUCCAGAAUGCGGUGGCCCAGGGAGGCAAAAUUGAGGCCGGAGGAAAGAUAUUGGAUGGACCAGGGCACUACGUUGAGCCGACAAUCAUCUCGGGCUUAUCCCAUGAUUCUCCAGUGGUUCAGUCAGAAGCCUUCGCUCCUGUGCUGUACGUCCUGAAGACCAGUAACUUAGAGGAAGCCAUCGCAUGGAACAAUGAAGUCAAGCAAGGCCUGUCUAGUAGUCUCUUCACCAAGAAUCCUGGCAAUCUCUUCCGUUGGUUGGGACCCAAGGGCUCGGACUGCGGUAUUGUGAAUGUCAACAUUCCCACGAGUGGCGCAGAAAUCGGAGGUGCCUUUGGCGGGGAGAAGCACACAGGGGGAGGUCGGGAGUCGGGCAGCGAUGCGUGGAAACAGUACAUGAGGCGAGCCACUUGCACCAUCAACUACGGAGAUGAUCUGCCGCUAGCCCAGGGACUCAAGUUUGAGUAAAAAAGUCUCCGUUAUAGCUGGCGUCUUCAUCAAGGAAUUAUGAUGUCCCGGAGGAAUAAUAAUAAAAAACCCCACGUUAUUGGGAUGGAAACCUGAAGGAUGUGGCGAGGUAUUUUGUCAUCGCUGGUUUUUGAGGGUCGAGUUGGGGGCUGGAUUCAACCGGAGUUGCAGCUUUCAAUUAUUCUCACGACAGGUCGCAGACGAGACCAUUUUUUUAUGCUGCAAGUGUCAACAUUAAUCAUGUCUGACAAGAACAUUUCAUUUUGACAAAACAACUAUGGAUAGUGUCGUAUUCGUUUUAAAGGGAUGGUGUUUGUCUUUUAUUUUCAAAUUUGCUCAUUGGACACUAUGCUUGGAAAAAAAAGCAUUCAGUAAAAUAUAGUUUCGAUUGUGUAUACCAAGCACUAUAUCGGACUAAAUAUAUCUAUUCAAGAAAUGAUACUUAGUAUACCAAUGAUAUGAUCUUUUUAUCAAAUUAUGUUUUUCCUUAUUUUUGUUAACUGCCUGUAUACUCGUGCUUUGCUGAAAAAAAAUCAGUGCAUUUAUAACCUGCUAAAAAAAAAAUAUUUUUUUUGACGAAAAUGCACUGAGAUAACGAAGCGUUACUCAUUAGGAAGUUCAGAUGAUGCUCUGUAAUUGGCAAUACAACUUGAAAGAGAAAUCAGGAUGUUACCAGGUUCGGGGUGGCACACUCCGUGACCACAGAUAUUUUCAUAUAUAUUUGUAUUAUAUUCUCUUACAUUUAGAAUGAGUUCAACAAAAUGUAAGCAACGAAAUCAGUAAAAUAAUUAUGUUACACCUAAUUAAUACCAAAUAUUCAAAGAGGCAGGUAUGAUCUUUAAAAGGAAAUUGAAGAAAAGCCUAUAAUUGUUUCAAAGAAAAAGAUUUAUUUUUGGAUGUGGUCUCCACAUUUAAACAUAUUUUUGUCUGAAAAUGUUUUCCCUCCAGCUUUUAUGGAAACACAAAUGAAAUAUUGUUUUAAAGCAGUAAUUUCUGCUUAUUUGAAGCGAAAUAUUUUUUUUGCUCAAAGCUUCCGUUUAAAAUAUAAGUAGAUUGAUUUUAGCAAGCUUAUUUUGAGACUUUUUAGACUUAUUUUCUUUUGUUGGUUAUACGUUCGUAAAAUUGUGUCUGAGUGCAAGACCUAAGUUUGUUUGCUGAACCCGUAUUCUUAUUUCGCAUGAAAUAAAAUUUUAAACCAUAGAAACCAAAA